AAUAAAAUCUUAAAAUAAAAUAAAUGCUUUACAUAUAUUAAUUCCUUUUAAUCUUACAAAAUGUUUAUGAAAUGGGAUCUCUUCUCCAUUUUUACAGAUGAGGUAAGGCACACAAAGGUUAAGUAAAUUUCCUUAAGAUUGUACUGCUGGUAAGUAAGUGAAGAACCCAGUCAGUCAGACUUCAAAAACCCAUUCACUUAUCCAUUUUGCUAUAAUGCAUAAUUACUGUAUACUUGUUGAAUGAAUGGAUAUUUUCAUCUUUAGUAUAUAUUGGUUACAGCUUUGGUAUCUAUUUUCCACUUUGGGUAAAAGACUAAGGAUAUUUCACUUCGGGGAGAAUACUUUUCAAAGGAGGAUACAACUUUCUUAGUAAACUUUUGUGAGUGACUCUUAACUGUUAAUAGUGAGUAUUCAAAUUGUGUACUUACACCUUGAGGGAUUUCAGAUAAGGUGUCUUUUUCAAAGAAAGUUUGAGGUAUUCGUAAUAUUUAUAGAUGAAUUUUGAUUUGUGUUAAGUGUCUUAUUACCUGUUACUUGUUUUCAGUUGAGUGGUGACUUUAUGCAAUGGCUUCAAGCCACAGUUCUUCACCAGUGCCUCAAGGAAGCAGCAGUGAUGUUUUCUUUAAAAAAGAGGUAGAUCCAACAAAACACAUUCGACCUGUGCAGUCACUGCCAGAUGUAUGUCCUAAGGAACCCACAGGUGAUUCAAAUAGUUUAUGUGUUGCCCCAUCUCUAGUUACAGAUCAACAUAGAUGGACUAUAUAUCAUUCCAAAGUAAACCUUCCAGCAGCAUUAAAUGAUCCUCGAUUAGCAAAAAGAGAAUCUGACUUCUUCACAAAAACAUGGGGAUUGGACUUUGUGGACACUGAAGUCAUACCUUCAUUCUACCUCCCACAGAUCAGCAAGGAACAUUUUACAGUUUAUCAACAGGAAAUCUCUCAGGUAAUACCUAGUCAAAAGGAAUAGAAAGAUCUUUAGUUUGAUUUAUUGUAGAUUUUUGACCAGUAAUCUUUGAUGAGUCUGUAGUAUUCUUUUCUGUCUAUAUACAUUCUACUGUCCUGGUUUGUAUUUAAUUCGUUGCUUAGAUAUAUGUAAAUAUAUUUCUCUUUCUGUAGUGAUUUUUCAGAAUUAUACUUUACUAAUAGUGCUAAGAUUCAUCAUGAAAUCCACCCUACCUACCAAGGAGAAAAUUCUUCAGUUAGGCCAAUAAACCCCAGAUGAUUUGUGAGGUUUAAGGAAUGAAUAGAGUAGAACUCUUUCUGUGUCUCUCAUUUACCACAGAAAAUUUAAUAGAGCAUGCUAGCUCUAGCAGAUAGUCUUAAUAUCUUUAGACAUAAUAUGUUAUUCUAAACUCAGUUCUGAGCAAGAACUGAAUGUAUUGCUUAGUUUAAGAAGGCUUGUUAUUCAUUUUUAGUGAGUAUUAAUGUAAUUUUGGUUACCAUUUUAGUCUUUAAAAAACUCAUUUUUAAAGGGGUUAUUAAAGUUUUUUUCUUUACUGAGGUAUAAUUGACAUACAACGUAAUAA